GUGACUGUGUCCGCCGCAGCUACCGGAUAAAAGCGUUUCCUCUCAGCUGCUGCUGUUUAUCCCGAUGAGCCGCGCAGGUCGACAUGGAUUGGUGCCUGUUGGUUUGUUUGAUUUUUCUGGCGCAUUUGAGAGUUUUCAGAGGACAAAUCUCGGAGUGCAGUCAUGAUCAGUGGCAGUGUGACGAUGGAUGGUGUAUCCCUGCUAUGUGGAGAUGUGAUGGAGAUGGAGAUUGUCUGGAUGGAUCAGAUGAAGUGGAUUGCACUGGACUCCGAGGCUCUGAUUGUCCACCAGGUCAGUUUCCUUGUGUGGACUCUGUUGGCUGUGUUAAAGCAUCGGCCCGCUGCGAUGGACAAAAACAAUGUCCCACUGGCUCCGAUGAGGAGAACUGUCCAGUCACAGAGGGCUGCCUGGACUCUGACUGGACAUGUCAAAACCACAUCUGUAUCCCUAAAGAGCUGAGGUGCAAUGGAGUAGAUGACUGCAUGGACAACUCUGAUGAAAAGGACUGUGGUCUGUGCAGUGAGGGCAGCAUACGGUGUCCUGAGGGGACAUGUCUAUCUGCUGAGGAGCAGUGUGAUGGCACGUUUCACUGUUCUGAUGAAAGCGAUGAGCCCAUAACCUGCGGGCGUGUCUGCCUUAUGGACAAUGGUGGAUGUAGCCAUGUCUGCACUGAUGAACCCAGGGGAGUUCUGUGUUCUUGUCCUGCUGGAUAUAAGCUGUCUCCCAAUGGAACAGACUGUGAAGAUUUGGAUGAAUGUGCUCCACCUUUCGACUCCUGUGCUCAUCACUGCAGUAACACCAUCGGUUCUUACUAUUGCUACUGCAGAGAGGGAUUCAAACUAAAUGAAAACUCAACAUGUGUGGCUUCAGCUAAUCCUGUCCGAUUGCUGCUGGUUGGGGGGACAGCUUUAGGAUUAUUGAAUGUGAAAUCUCAACAGUUUGAAAUUAUUCAGAGUUCAACAUUUGACUCUGUGGCCUUGGCGUUUGAUGUUGCGCGGGGGUGGUACUACUGGGCUGACAGCCGUGGCAACAUUUACAAAAGUGAUGGACAUCAAAGCUGGACAGCCUAUACUGGAGAGCCUGGAAUCAAAGGUUUAGCUUGUGACUGGCUCAAUGGGAAUCUGUUCUGGACCAAUGAGAAGACGGAGUCCAUCUACCUGCAGAGUUCUGAUGGAAAAAGUUACACUGCUCUGCUCAGCAAAAACAUCAGGCCCUCAGAGCUGGUCGUUAUGCCUGUAGAAAGCUUGAUGUUCUGGAUCAAUACGGGUCCAGGUGACAGGGCGACAAUAGAAAAGUCUUGGAUGGAUGCCUCAGAAAGAAGAUCUCUGGCGGUCAUCACUGCUCAGUCUGCCCACAGCCUCACUGCUGAUGUAGCUGCCAGACGGCUGUACUGGAUCAGUGACUUCAAGAGGUCCAUAGAGACUGUGAAGGUGGAUGGGAGUGGCCGUUACUCCUACACAGGACUGUUCAGCAGGAGAGCACCACUGAGCCUUGCUGUGUUUGAAAGUUCAUUUUAUUGGGUUGAUAACAAAGGACUCUGGCAGGCUCCACAGACUCAACUGAGCCAGAGAAAAUUUAUAUGGGAACCCACACUGCCAGUAUUGGCUGUUUACCAUGAGCUACAGCAGCCUCAAGGUUAUUCUGCAUGUGCAAAAACACCCUGUCGCCUCUGCCAGCUAACUAAAGGCAACCCUCUUGGAUUCACCUGCUCUUGUCCAAACCUCAAAUUGUUGCUGCUGGAUGGGACAUGUGAAAAUCCACGGUUUCUCUAUGCUACAAAUACGGAAAUCAUCUUGUUGGAGUUGGAAGAAAAAGGGUUUACUGAAAGCCAGCUGUUCACUACCAAUGAGGGGAUCCUCUCUUUUGAGAUUGACUGGGACAGAGACUGGCUUUACUGGGCAAACCAAACUGGCCACAUUCAACGCAUCAGUUUAACAGAGGUCACCACUGAGCUGGUCCCAACACCUUUGCCAGUUUGUCUGCUAAAUGUGGACCAGAGGAGCGGAAGCCUUUAUUGGGUGUCAUGUCAUCGAAACACCAUCGGAACAAUCACAGCAGACAGCUACUACCCAAAGCAGCUUUACUACACGACAAAGGAGAUUAAAAACUUGUAUCUGGACUGGCUGCGGGGUACUAUCAUCUGGCUAGAAGAAGAUCGAAUUCUCAGCAUGAGCAUGUUGGGAGGUGACGCUAAAGAGCUGCUGCACAUAGCUGAAGGAGUGAGUGGGGGCAUCGCUUUUGACCUCAGGGCUAAUAGUCUGCUGUGGAACUCAAAAACGGCAGGCUUAACAACAUUAAGUUUGCUGCGAGAGAGAAGCCACCAAGCUGGAAGAAGAUGGAAGAUUUCAGGCUCAGUCGUAGCUGCCCUCGAGCCCUUUCUCUUGUCAGUUUCAGACAACGUAAUGACUCUGUGGGAUCAGCGUGAUGGGAGCCCCAUUCAAGAUGCAGCUGUGACGGGUCAUGUGAUCAGAGUAAUCACUGCUCUCAUAGAUAUCCAGACAGUUCAGACCUGUAGGAAACCAUCGUUUUUGUGCAGACACUCAUCAGUCUGCCUCUCAGAAGCUCAGCUGUGUGACAGGAAAAAGGACUGCCCGGAGGGGGAUGACGAGUUUUGUCCUGGGGCUUGUCUGUCUAUAGGGGAGUUCGAAUGCCGGGACCGGAGCAGCUGCAUUUCCAGACGUCUUGUGUGUGAUGGUCGGUCUGAUUGUACUGAUGGCUCGGAUGAGGCUGAUUGUCCGAAUGCAGCUCCUCGUACAAGUCGGGCAAAUGUGAUGAAAUGUCGCAGAGGCUCAAAGCCAUGUGAAGAUGGCAAAGACUGUGUUUUAUAUAGUCACGUGUGUGAUGGAGAGGACGACUGUGAGGAUGGAUCAGAUGAACUGGGCUGCGAUGCCCUGCGACAGAACAUGACUACCACAAGAACUAAUAAGGACCAAUCAAACAAAACUCCAGGUUCUACCACUCAUUCUCCUCGAACUCUCCUGGCCUGCACCAGUCCCUCUGUCCUCUGUCCUUCUUCUGCUUACCUCUGCAUAUCUCCAGACCAGUUCUGCAAUGGGCAUAGUGACUGCCCUGACGGCUUUGACGAAAAGAACUGUGUAAAAAGUUGCCCCUCGAAAAAUGACUUUCUCUGCAAAGAUCAUCGCAGCUGCGUAUCUAAAAGCCUGGUUUGUGACGGUGAAUUUCAUUGCUACGACGGCUCUGAUGAGGUCGACUGUUCGAGUGCAGCCACGGCUGCUGCUGGGAGAAACAUUCUGAAAUGCCGUUUGGGGUUCACGGUCUGCAAAGAUGGGAAUCAAUGUGUCCUCAAUAUCAGCAUCUGUGAUGGAAAGAAAGACUGUCAAGAUGGAUCAGAUGAGAAUUGUGUGAAAGGGUGUCAUUUUGAGGACUUUCUCUGCAAGGACCGAAGGGGCUGUGUCUCAAAGAGUCGGGUCUGUGAUGGACUCUUUCAGUGCCAGGAUGGAUCAGAUGAGCUAAACUGUCCGAGUGCGGCCGCUCCUGCAGCUCAAGAUGUGCUGCAGUGCCACAGAAACGCAAAGAUGUGUAAUGAUGGCACAGAGUGUGUUUUACUCAGCCACGUAUGUGAUGGAGAAAAAGACUGCAUGGAUGGAUCUGAUGAAGAAGGAUGUCCAGGAAUUUGCAAAAAAGGUGAGUUUCAGUGUGCCCAUGGGAAAAUGUGCAUCCCCGAGGCUCAGGUGUGCGAUGGGAGGUUGCAGUGUCGGGACCAUUCAGAUGAAGCUGACUGCCAGAAACCAAUCAAGAGCUGUGAGCAUCGCUGUGCUGACGGGAAGCGCUGCAUCCCAAAGAAGUUCCUGUGUGAUGGAGAAAAAGACUGUGUGGAUGGCUCAGAUGAAGUGGGCUGCAAUCAGGCUGCUGCUCCAUCAUCAGAGUCUCCUGUCUUCACUGCAUCACCUUGCGUUGCUCCUUCAGUUCUCUGCCCUGGAUCAUCACUGUGUAUCUCUCAAAAUCAGCUCUGUGAUGGACAGAGAGACUGCCCCGAUGGAUCUGAUGAGAAUGACUGUGCGGUCCAGUGUGUAAACCCAACUGACUUUCUCUGCAAGGACCAUAUGGGCUGUGUCUCCAAGGAUCUGGUCUGUGAUGGACGCCGUCAUUGCCAGGAUGGAUCAGAUGAGCUGAACUGUCCGAGUGUGACCGCUCCUGCAGCUAAAGAUGACGUGCUGCAGUGCCAUAGGAAUGCAAAGCCGUGUAGUGAUGGCACAGAGUGUGUUUUACUCAGCCACGUAUGUGAUGGAGAAAAACACUGCAUGGAUGGAUCUGAUGAGAAUGACUGUGCAGUCCAGUGUGUAAACCCAACUGACUUCCUCUGCAAGGACCAUAUGGGCUGUGUCUCAAAGAGUCUGGUCUGUGAUGGACGCCAUCAUUGCCAGGAUGGAUCGGAUGAGCUGAACUGUCCGAGUGCGGCCGCUCCUGCAGCUAAAGAUGUGCUGCAGUGCCACAGAAACGCAAAGAUGUGCAGUGAUGGCACAGAGUGUGUUUUACUCAGCCAUGUAUGUGAUGGAGAAAAAGACUGCAUGGAUGGAUCUGAUGAAGAAGGAUGUCCAGGAAUUUGCAAAAAAGGUGAGUUUCAGUGUGCCCAUGGGAAAAUGUGCAUCCCCGAGGCUCAGGUGUGCGAUGGGAGGUUGCAGUGUCGGGACCAUUCAGAUGAAGCGGACUGCCAGAAACCAAUCAAGAGCUGUGAGCAUCGCUGUGCUGACGGGAAGCGCUGCAUCCCAAAGAAGUUCCUGUGUGAUGGAGAAAAAGACUGUGUGGAUGGCUCAGAUGAAGUGGGCUGCAAUCAGGCUGCUGCUCCAUCAUCAGAGUCUCCCGUCUUCACUUUUGCAUCACCUUGCGCUGCUCCUUCAGUUCUCUGCCCUGGAUCAUCACUGUGUAUCUCUCAAAAUCAGCUCUGUGAUGGACAGAGAGACUGCCCCGAUGGUUUUGACGAAAACGGCUGUGCGGUCCAGUGUGAAAACCCAAAUGACUUCUUGUGCAGCAACCAGAAAAAAUGUGUCCCUGGAAUGCAAGUGUGCGACGGCCGAGCCCAGUGUCCCGAUGGCUCUGACGAGAAGCUCUGUCAAUCACCUAAUCCUACUGCCACCUCCUCCAUGAGUGGCUUCGGCACCAGACCAACUCCUCUAAGAUGCCGCAUUGGUUUCAAACGAUGUAAAAAUGGCCAUGAGUGCGUUAUGUACAGCCAUGUGUGUGAUGGGGAGAAGGAUUGCAGCGAUGGCUCAGAUGAAGAGGGAUGUGUGGCUGAUGGUGCAAGUAUGACUACUGACACAGAAACACUCAGCUCAACUGGAUCUCCUUCCGUCAACCUUCACACAGAGCAACCUUGCAUCAGUCCUUCAAUUCUGUGUCCAGAUUCCUCUUUGUGCAUAGAACCAGCACAGGUAUGUGAUGGAAAACAAGACUGCCCCGAUGGCUCUGAUGAGAAGUGCGCGAAGAAGUGUCCUGAUGACAGAGACUUUCUCUGCAAGGACCGAAGGAGCUGUCUCUCCAAGAGUCUGGUCUGUGAUGGACUCUCUCAUUGUCAAGAUAGAUCAGAUGAGCUGAACUGUCCGAGUGCGGCCGCUCCUGCAGCUAAAGAUAAUGUGCUGCAGUGCCAUAGGAAUGCAAAGCUGUGUAGAGAUGGCACAGAGUGUGUUGUACUCAGCCAUGUAUGUGAUGGAGAAAAAGACUGCAUGGAUGGAUCUGAUGAAGAAGGAUGUCAAAAUACCUGCAAAAGAGGUGAGUUUCAGUGUGCCCAUGGGAAAAUGUGCAUCCCCGAGGCUCAGGUGUGCGAUGGGAGGUUGCAGUGUCGGGACCAUUCAGAUGAAGCUGACUGCCAGAAACCAAUCAAGAGCUGUGAGCAUCGCUGUGCUGACGGGAAGCGCUGCAUCCCAAAGAAGUUCCUGUGUGAUGGAGAAAAAGACUGUGUGGAUGGCUCAGAUGAAGUGGGCUGCAAUCAGGCUGCUGCUCCAUCAUCAGAGUCUCCUGUCUUCACUGCAUCACCUUGCGUUGCUCCUUCAGUUCUCUGCCCUGGAUCAUCACUGUGUAUCUCUCAAAAUCAGCUCUGUGAUGGACAGAGAGACUGCCCCGAUGGAUCUGAUGAGAAUGACUGUGCGGUCCAGUGUGUAAACCCAACUGACUUUCUCUGCAAGGACCAUAUGGGCUGUGUCUCCAAGGAUCUGGUCUGUGAUGGACGCCGUCAUUGCCAGGAUGGAUCAGAUGAGCUGAACUGUCCGAGUGUGACCGCUCCUGCAGCUAAAGAUGACGUGCUGCAGUGCCAUAGGAAUGCAAAGCCGUGUAGUGAUGGCACAGAGUGUGUUUUACUCAGCCACGUAUGUGAUGGAGAAAAAGACUGCAUGGAUGGAUCUGAUGAAGAAGGAUGUCCAGGAAUUUGCAAAAAAGGUGAGUUUCAGUGUGCCCAUGGGAAAAUGUGCAUCCCCGAGGCUCAGGUGUGCGAUGGGAGGUGGCAGUGUCGGGACCAUUCAGAUGAAGCUGACUGCCAGAAACCGAUCAAGAGCUGUGAGCAUCGCUGUGCUGACGGGAAGCGCUGCAUCCCAAAGAAGUUCCUGUGUGAUGGAGAAAAAGACUGUGUGGAUGGCUCAGAUGAAGUGGGCUGCAACUACAACACUGCAACAACAAAGGCUCCUGCUUUUCCUUUUGCUUCACCAUGCACUCCUCCUUCAGUUCUCUGCCCUCGAUCCUCACUGUGCAUUGCUGAACAUCAGCUGUGUGAUGGACAAAGAGACUGCCCUGAUGGAUUUGAUGAAAACGGCUGUAUGGUUCAUUGCGAAAACUCAAAUGACUUCUUGUGCAGUGACCACAAACGGUGUAUCCCUGAAAUGCAAGUGUGCGACGGCCGAGCCCAGUGUCCCGACGGCUCUGACGAGAAGCACUGUCAGUCACCAAAUCCUACUGCCACCUCCUCUGAUGAACUCAGCACCAGAUCGACCCCUCUGAAGUGCCGCAAUGGUUUUAAGCUUUGCGACGACGGCCUGGAGUGCGUCAUGUACAGCCACUUAUGUGAUGGAGAAAAGGACUGCAAGGAUGGGUCAGAUGAAGAGGGAUGUGCUAUUCAGUGUAAAGCAGGUGAGUUCCAGUGUUCUCAUGGGAAAAAAUGCCUCCCACAAGAGCGAGUGUGUGACGGGCAAAAUGACUGUCAGGACCGAUCUGAUGAAACUGACUGCUCAGUUAUGACUGAGGGCUGCCAUCAGCGCUGUGAUAAUAAUACUCGCUGCAUACCAAAGAGCUUCCUGUGUGAUGGAGAGAGAGAUUGUGCUGAUGGGUCAGAUGAAGAAAACUGUGGUUUGGUGUCUUGUGCGGAUCAUCAGUAUCGAUGCGCUAGCGGUCAGUGCGUGUCUGAGGCACUGAGAUGUGACGGAUAUGCCGACUGCAGUGACGGCUCUGAUGAGAUGCACUGCUCGAGGCCCCCACGCUGCCUCACCCAACUCCGAUGCCCACACACUCAUGAGUGUUUGCAGAAAGAGUGGCUCUGCGACGGCGAGGACGACUGUCAGGAUGGUUCAGACGAGAAGAACUGCAAUGCUCCUCCAGCAAAGUGCUUAAAGUUGCAGUGGCAGUGUGGAGACAGCAGUCAGUGUGUUCCUCUGUCCUGGAGGUGUGACGGGAGGAAGGACUGUUACAAUGGCAUCGACGAGGAAAAAUGUAGCCAGAAAAUAUGCCCUUCUCAUCUUUACCAGUGUGGCAGUGGAGAGUGUGUGGACACUAACCUGGUGUGUAAUGGCAUCACUAACUGUGCUGAUGGCUCGGAUGAGGGUGUGAAUUGUGUGCAGCGCAGCUGCUCCAGUCCAUCGGCUCCUUUCUGCGACCACAGCUGUGUCAGCACACCGUAUGGUCCGAAGUGCUACUGUGCUGCGGGUUUCAAACUGAUGCCCAGAGCCACGCACUGUGUGGACAUCGAUGAGUGUACAACAGCACCUCAUGCCGUAUGCAACCACAUUUGUCGGAACACCCGUGGAUCCUACAGCUGUCAUUGCCACCCUGGCUUCUACCUGGAGCCUGAUAACAAAAGCUGCAAGACAAAAGAUGAGCCCUUGCUUCUGGCAUCAGUGCAGUCAGACUUGUUCCUGCUGGGAGUCCAUAGCGGCACACUGCGUCUCCUCACCUCUACCAGUCGACCCGCCUUCUCGCUGGAUUAUCACUGGGUUCAACAGAGGAUUUACUGGCUGAGCACUGACUACCAGAGCAUCCGCUGGGUUGACAUGAGAAACCCAGAUAACAGAGGAAACCUGGUCAAAGGUGUGAAGUCGGAUUUUAUCGCAGUGGACUGGGUGGGUAAGAAUUUAUACUGGGUGGAUGGCCUGGUUGGUCAAAUUCUGGCAGUGAAACUCAGCAACACCACAGUGAGGUCUCAGGACUGCACUGUGGUCCUGGGAGAAGAUCUGGAGCAGCCAAGCUCCUUGGUUCUGCUGCCACAUAAAGGGCUGAUGCUGUGGUCUGAGAUCGGCAGCACGCCUCAGAUUAAGCAGUCUGGGAUGGAUGGUUCAGAGAGGAAGGUGGUGGUGAGCCACAGUUUGAGCUGGCCGGUCAGUUUGGCCUAUGACCUCCUAGAUAACAGAGUGUACUGGGCAGAUGAGAAGCUGCGCUGCAUUGGCUCAGCCUCUCUGGAUGGAGGCAACAUUAAGAUCCUUCAGUUGGCUGAAACGCCAAACCCUUUCUCAGUGGUGGUCUUCAACGAUCGUGUUUUCUGGUCUGACACAAAGAGAAGAGUCAUACGCUCAGCUGACAAGAACACUGGGAAAGACCAAAAGGUUGUUCUGAAGAGACCGGGACAGCCUUUUGGGUUAAAGCUGAUGCAUGCCCUUUCGCAGCCAGCUGUGCCCAGUCCUUGUGACCAUCUGCGCUGCUCCCAUAUCUGCCUUCUGGCCCCCCCAGUGACGGGCAGAUCUGCAGUAUGUCGAUGCCCGAAGGGCCUGUUGCUUUCAAAGGACAACAUCACCUGCUCUCAGCCCAGGGAUUCCUCUUUCAUUCUGCUCCUGUCUCAAAACACAAUCUACCAGAUUUACCUGCGCUCCUUGCGAAGGGAUGGUGUUGCCCUGAAAAAAAUGCCAAACAGCAGAGUCUUGGCUCUCCCAGAUGUAAACGAAGCCAUGGGGCUAGAUAUCUCCACCCAGGAGUUGUAUGUGGCUUAUGUGGGAUCUGUGGAUGUUCUGAAAAUGGGCAGCUACCGAUCAAGACAAGGACUCACACCUGCGGGACAAGUCCUAAAGCUGAAGGAUGAUUCAGUCACAGCUCUGGCAGUUGACUGGGUGACCUCUAACCUCUACUGGAGCAGCCGCUCGAGGCCCAACAUCCAUGUGACAUCCCGCAAUGGUGGCUACACCACGUCCCUCCUGCAGGGAUCACUGACGGUUACCACAUCCAUCGCGUUACAUCCCUUCUCAGGUCGACUUUGCUACACAGCAGUGGUCAUGGCAGGUGGGAGGACCCAGACGGAGGUGGUCUGUGCCUGGAUGGAUGGCCGUAACAAAGCAGUGCUGUGGGGAAAGUCGAGGAUCCCCAACUCCCUGGUGUUCAUUAAUAAUGGUAGCAGACUCUACUGGGCUGACACUGAUGCAGGAGUGAUCAGCUCCAUUGGAGUGGAUGGUUCGGGAUAUAAACAGUUUAAGGCAGGACCCGAUCUGAUUAUUUCCUUUACAUACACCGAGAACAUCCUGUUCUGGGUCACACAGGGAAAGGAUGUGACCAAACUGUGGUUCAGUGAUGGCCUCCAGUCUAAACAGUUGUGGUUUGAGACAAAGACCAGUGUGGUGGAAGUCAGAGCUUACAGCAAUGACAGCCAGUCUGGAAGCAAUAGCUGCUCCAAAAACAAUGGCGGGUGUGCCCAUCUGUGCUUGGCCUAUCCCGGAGGCCGGACGUGUAAAUGUGGGCGUGGCUUCUACAGCAUAAAUGUAACUUCUUGUGCCCCAAUCCCCUCCUGUGACCCUGGAGAAGAAUCCUGCUUUGACCGCAGCAAGUGCAUCAGCAGCAGCAAGUUCUGUGAUGGACAGGUUGACUGCCCGGACCAGUCAGACGAACAGGACUGUCCAGCUUCAAAUGCUACCUCAUUUGGAACUAAAGCCACUGAUGGCCACCCUCUGGAUUCGUUGCCAUCAUCUUCCUACCCGUCUCCCCCCAAUGUUGACAAGAACUCAGUUAAAAAAUCUGCAUCCUGUGAUCUGCAACACUGCAAGGGUCGCGGGAACUGCAUCGCGGAGGGUAAAGUCACUCGCUGCCAGUGUCUGUCUGGUUACAAAGGAGAGUUCUGUCAAGAGGAAGAAAGGCAAAGCCACGUGGGCGUGAUCCUGGGUGUCUUCUGCGUCAUUGCAGCGCUGAUAGUCGCCGGCUUUAUUUUCACUAAAAGGAGAGGAUGGGAGCUCAUCAGAAGCAGAUCCACAGACAAAGAAAAUCUCAUGUCCAACAUGGCUCUAUCGAGUGAUCUGGAGUCUGACUCUGAGGAGGUAGACUCCCCAGCUGACAUGAACCCCCCAGCACAGCUCAAUUAGACCACUCUACACUGAUGGAUGAUGCUGCACUAGCUGUUGUGUUAGCUAUACAACAACCUGGAAGUUAUCAGGUGUCACAUGUAAUUUGUGAGAAUGCAUUUCAGUGCCUAUCAAAACACUGGGAAAAAAAAGAUUGCUGUUUUAUAGCAUAUAGCACAAAAGUCCUCACUAUUAGCAGCUGCUCUCAAACAUUUAACAUUUUCAACAUUCUGAUUGGACAGUUGGGACUAGUUUGGUACGUUUCAUAACAGUGAGUCAGGAGAAACGACAUGGCUGAGGUGACUCAGUAACAGUGCCCUUGGAAAAAAAAUAAAGACUUUAAAUUUCUUGGCACAGAUUUUCAUUAUGUGUAAUGUGCUCUGUCAAUGUCUGGCUCUCUGACAUUUUUCUCUUUAGCCAUUUGUGUAUACAGUAUGCUGUACAUUGUACACUCCUGGGAGCGUUAUCACUAUGGGGCUUAUCAACUUGAGAUUACAUUCGGUUUCUGCCAACACUCAAUGUCUGCCAUUCUUUUUCUUUCUUUUUUUUUUUCCCCAAGGUAACCCUUUGUCAUUCAUCAGUCAUUCUGAUACCAGUUUUGCUUUUGUUCCUGGUUUCCACUCUUCUGUUUCUCACAUGGAACAUUUGUUGUCAUUCAGUCUGACUAAAAUCUGGAUUUUAUCCUGAAACUACGAGCAUGCAUGGUUUUUAAUUUGACAGUAUUGCUUUUUGCCCUAAUACUGCAAGUUGGAGGAUGAGAAAUGUCAAUAAAAUAUAACUUAUUUGUAA